CACACUUCAUAUAUACAAAGUAAGAAACCCCAAACCAAAAGCAAUCGCAGAUCUUUUCAUCUCCGCUAUGGCAGUCUCCGUUCCCAUAGUGGCCAUAAUCACCUCUCUCCACCUCAUCGCCUUCAUUUUCGCCGUCGGCGCCGAACGACGCCGUAGCACCGCGAAGAUAGUGCCCGACGAGUACGACGAGCAAACCUACUGCGUUUACGGCACCGACGCUUCCACCGUGUACGGACUGGCCGCGUUCGGGCUUCUUCUGCUCAGCCACACGGUGCUUAACGGCGUCACCAGGUGUCUCUGCUUCGGCAAAGGCUUAAUCACCGGCUCCUCUACUACUUGGACUGUCUUCUUCUUCGUCUUCUCCUGGACAACCUUUUUGGGAGCCGAGGCAUGCUUAUUGGCAGGGUCAGCAAGGAAUGCCUAUCACACAAAGUACAGGGGGAAAUUUAACCUAGACGACUUGUCCUGUGCCACUCUGCGUAAGGGCGUGUUCGCUGCAGCAGCUGCUCUUACACUGUUGUCGCUGAUAGGGUCAAACCUUUACUACUGGACACAUUCCAAAGCUGAUACUGGAGGGUGGGAGAAGCACCGCAAUGAAGGCCUUGGCAUGGGCAAUUCCAAUUAUGGGCAGCAUGAGCAGCAGCAGCAGCAGCAGCAAACCACUGGAUUCGAGAAGGUGUAAUUCUGCUAUGACAUUGCUUUCUUUUGAAUGGCCAAUGGCCAUGGUUGUGGAAUGAGAUCGAGUAGAUUAGUAUUGAAAGUUUUUGUGGCUUCUGCUAGACAUGUAUAUGCUAUGUCAUCUGCUCUGUUAGAAAUGCGAGUAAAAAUAUUUUGGUGAACUAGGGAAGUAAAAUAUUCCAUCUUUGUCUUAUGCACGUCCACUUUUGUAGCUUUGCUUUUGAAAAUUCAAGUUGUACACCCCACUUUGCUCA